AUGCAGGCGUAUAAAGACAGAGCUGGGUCUUCCCCCAGGGCUCAGUCUGGGACAGCCCCGGCAGUUUUUGGCAGUCAUAUGGAAGAUCACGCCAAGCCCAUCCAGCCUGUCCCACUCCCGGCCAUGCAGCAGAACUUGAACUAUGUGUACCCCCAGAUCUUUUGGGUGGAUGGCUGCACCAACUCCAGUACUUCCUGCCCCCCGGCACCCCCCGUCGCGCCUUUCCCACCACCAGUACCUGACCGGAGGAAAAAGCCAAGGAACACCAGGGAAAGGAGGAGCGUUGGCUUCCUGGUGAUGUCCCUGCUGAUCCUGCUGGCCCUCACUGGAGUCGGGCUGAGCAUGUUCCAGAUUUUCCACCUGGAGAAGGAACUGGCUGAACUCAGAGAGUCUGCCAGCAAUGAACGCAUUCCUCCAGCUUUGGAGAAACUCAUAGGGCAGAAGGAGCAGUCAAUGAAAAAGGAAGCGAGGAAAGCAGCACACUUAACAGGGAACCCAGUCCAGCGGGACCUCCCUCUGGAGUGGGAACCCAUCUCUGGUCACGCCUUCACCAGCGGCAUUCAGUACCGCGAUCAGGGCCUCGUCAUCAACGAGACCGGGCUGUACUUCGUGUAUUCCAACGUGCUCUUCCGGGGCAGCACCUGCAGCAGCCAAGUGCUGACCCACAUCGUCUACAAGAAAAACCCAGCCUUGCCAGGCAGCUAUGUGCUGAUGGAGGACAAAGGCAUCAACUACUGUACAAGUCAGAAAACGUGGGCCCGGAAAAGCUACCUGGGGGCUUUAUUCAAGCUCAGGAAGAUGGACAGUUUGCACGUCAAUGUCUCCAGAAUCGCUCUGGUUAAUUUUGAGGAAUCCAAGACAUUCUUUGGCUUAUUUAAGCUUUAAGUGGGGCUGUUGGCAUGUGGUCGGCAGCCUCAUCCCCCACAC